GGGUUGAAGGGGGGGUAGAUAGAAAGAUAGAGAGAGCGUAUGUUUAUGUCUCAGUGUGUAACGAAUAAGAGGGGGGAAAAGGUGGCGCUUCGGCCCCGGCUGUCAGACGCGUAAAACGAGCGCAGAGAUCAGGAGAAACAGGGAUGACAACACACCAGCAGAGGAUCUACUUUCCUUUCACUCCGUGUUCAGAUUGAAAGUUUUCCCGUCGCAGAGGAGAGGACAUUUACUGUCAGGUCUUCCCCCACAACAAAGAAAAACAAUGCAGAGACCGGGCGGGCAAGGGACGGCGUUCUCCAUCGACUCUUUGAUUGGAACCCCUCAACCCAGACCGGGUCACCUUCUCUAUACGGGUUACCCUAUGUUCAUGCCCUACAGACCUCUGGUUAUCCCGCAAGCUUUAUCCCACUCUCCUCUCUCCUCUGGCAUACCUCCUCUUGCGCCCUUAGCUUCCUUUGCCGGGCGGCUAACCAACACCUUCUGCGCCAGUUUGGGACAGGGGGUUCCGUCCAUGGUGGCGCUCACCACCACCAUGCCGAGCUUCUCGGACCCUCCGGACAGUUUCUAUCCGCCACAGGAGCUGCCGGGUCCGCGUUUGAGCGCAGCCGAUCCCGGAUCGAGGAGGCAGGAAAGUCCGCACUCUGAUGAGCUGCACAGCCGGGACAAGGGCUCCGAUCUGCUCAACUUUUCAGAAACUUUUCAGACAAUAUCCGGUGAGACCAAAUUAUACAGUUCAGACGAAGAAAAACUGGACCUAAAGUCAGCGGACGCGGUUUGCAGCGACAGGGAGGACAGCUCUGCGGACAGCGAGAACGAAAGUUUCUCAGACGGGACAAACUGCGGCGGCCUGUCCCAGAAAGGCAAGCUGAAAGGCGGCUCACAGGAGGCGUCUCUCCCGAGCGGCGGCUCGGCGGGGAAGAGCCGCAGGAGACGAACAGCUUUCACCAGCGAGCAGCUGCUGGAACUGGAAAAGGAGUUUCACUGUAAAAAGUACCUCUCUCUGACCGAGCGCUCACAGAUCGCUCAUGCGCUCAAGCUGAGCGAAGUUCAGGUGAAGAUCUGGUUUCAGAACCGCAGGGCCAAAUGGAAACGAAUCAAAGCCGGGAACGUCAACAACCGCUCCGGAGAGCCGGUAAGGAACCCCAAAAUCGUCGUUCCCAUCCCGGUGCACGUCAACAGGUUCGCCGUGAGGAGUCAGCAUCAACAGAUAGAGCAGGGGAGCAGACCAUGAAGAGCGCCUCCAUCUGACUCUAUGAAGGACUCUCUGAUUUGAAGAAGUGAAGAAUAAAACUAUGACUAUUUAGUUAUUUUGUCUGAGAGGUGAGGCUAUAGGGAGAUUUAUUCCCAAUGGUAUAAAUGAUACAUUUUUAUUUAUUGUCCUGUUAAUAUGUAAAUAGAAAAGGGUACAAACUGGCACUAAGAGAUGUGACUGUAAAUAUUUUCUAAGUAUUUAUAUGUAGGAUCCGAUCUGUUGAUUCUGUGCAUGUCCUCAUUUGAUGGGAGAAAAAAAGAAAAGAAAAUCCCGCAUUUUUUUUGUUUUGUUUUGUGUUUUGUAUUUGUUGACCACAUUUGCAUGUUUUACUGGGGAUGUUUUACAUCUAUUUGGUGCAGGAAGCACCUUGGAGAUUUUAUUUGUGGAGGCAAAAAAAAAA